UGCGUUUCAGUCACUUUCUGUCGAGGUCUGUCUACAGUUUUGAAGUAAAAUUAAGUGAAGUCUCGAUGUCGUCGCGUUCAACAGCAGCUGUUUAAAAUGGCUUCAUUACUGCUCUUCCGAUUUAUUUUGUUGUGCACGCGAUUGUCCCACUUCAUUAAGACCAAGUCUCCGUUUGUGAUUGAGGCUCUGAUGGUGACACUGUGCUUUAGCGCUAUUAUCAGCAAAUAUAUGUUGCUGACGUAAUGCGACACGAGAGCAAACGGAAAUACUAACAUAUAUAGAAAAUGUGAAUAAUAAAUGAUAAAUCGAGAUGUUUCUCUAAAAUAAUAAUAAUUGUAUAUUGUGCAAUAGUGGAAACUUAAACUCUAGGCUUCUCAAUCAAAUGUAUAUAGAAUGCGGGAUUCUGGACCACAGACAUUUCCUUGAAGUCACCAUACAGCUUGUGCUUGGCCUGGCUGCCGAAGAUCUCGUUCAGGAUCUCUGUGAAACGCUUCAGUUCGUGGGGAUAAUAGGAGAGACGAAAUUCGCUGGCCAGCUUAUUGCCUUCGAUCUGAUAGUCCAUGGAGACCAAAGCUGGUUUACCGCAAUAGAAGAGAACGGAUGUUUUGAUGUCCGCCGUAUGACUCGUCUAAAAAAAAUUGAAAAAAACAAACAAACAAACAUUAAGUUUUGGAUUCUGCAAGUCAUGGGAAUAGUUUUACGCUUGUGCCAGAAUCGAAGAUUAGAGAUGUUGUGAGAUUUUGUAAAUGAAAGCAAUUUGCUUUUUGUUAUCAGUGCUUUGAAGAUGACUUGUUGUUUCUACUCGUAAGUCAAUGGGAAGUGUCGUUUAAUUGUUUUUAAUUAAUGUGAAUAAUCUGAUACUAUUCUGGAAGCGAUGACUUUCAACUUACGUUGUAAUAGAUGCUCUUGGCAGGUGUUGCUCCAGUUUCCAGGAUGUUAUCAUAGUUGCGAUGAUCGAUGAGCAGAAUGCCGCCUGGCUUGAGGCACUUUUCAAAGUUCUUGAUGGCCUGCUUGUGCUCACGCUGAUCCCCAGAGGCAUCCAUCAAAUGGGCAAAGGAGUUGCCCAGGCAAAUGACGGCAUCGAAACCGGUGCCGAUCUGUUCCUGUAUGUCAUCAUACAGCGACAGCCAGUUGGCCUCUUCAAUGGCUAUAAGGAAGGAGGACACAAGGAUUAGUCACACCUGUAAAAAACUUCUUUAUUUAUGUUAAUAACUUACUCCACUGGUCAAAGGCGCUUUCCUUGCGGCGAUUCCAGCGCUCCUUAAGUGCAUAUUUCAACAUCUUGUCGGACGCAUCCACAGAGGUCACUUCAAAGCCUUCCUCCAGCAGCAUUAUGGAGUCGACUCUGCAAAGGAUGGUCCAUGAAUUCACUGACAAAAUGUGAGAUCAUAUGUUUGAUGCUUACCCCGUGCCACAUGCCACAUCCAGGAUGCGCUUGCAGCCCUUUUGGCGCAGCAACUCGACCAGGAAAUUCUUGUAGUUGUCCGUGCGCGAGUUCUUGUCCCCGAUGAAGAUCUCCCAGACCUUGGCAGCCUUGCCGUCGGCAUACUGAUCCCUCACUCCUUCGGCUGAGAUACCCUCGGAA